AUGGCAGCGCCGAUGGACCAGAGGAUACAAGUCCCAAUCGAUGAUCCCAAUGCAGAUACCGAGUGGAACGACAUUCUCCGGAAACAUGGCGUCAUCCCAGAGAAGCCUCCCAGCCCGACUCCCAUGAUCGAAGAGGCCAUCGCGGAAGGUCGCAGGUUAGCGCAUGAGAAUCGACUUGAGGGCAAGGAUCUCGACGAGCUUGAUGAGCUAGAGGAUGACGAAGAUGAGGCAUUCCUGGAGCAAUACCGUCAGCGCAGAAUGCAAGAGCUCAACGAGCUUACCAAGAAGGCCCUCCACGGCACCGUCUACCCGAUUUCGAAACCCGAAUACUCGCGCGAGGUCACAGAAGCGUCCAACAACGGCCCGGUCUUUGUCAACCUGACGUCAUCGCUGGGCACAAACGUCGAGUCCCGGGUGCUAUCGGAGCUUUGGAAGCAGGCAGCACAGGAAUACGGAGAGAUCAAAUUCUGUGAAAUGCGGGCGGAUAAGGCCAUCGAGAACUACCCCGAACGAAAUUGCCCAACGAUCUUGGUCUACAAGAACGGCGACAUUGCUAAGCAGGUUGUGACACUUGUGCAGAUGGGGGGCGUCAAGAUCAACAUGCUUCAGCUGGACAACCUGUUGGUGGAGGUCGGCGCUGUACCAGAGACGGAUAUGCGCGUGGCCAAGCGCCGGAGGCAAGCAGAAGACGAAGAGGAGGAGAGGGCGAUGGGCAAAGGUAUCCGACAAGGAAAUGUGUCAAAGUCCAAAGGACACGACAGCGAUGAUGACGACUGGGACUGA